CGGUUAUAUCGGUUACAGAAGAUGGCGACCGUCGGGGAAGGGCUUUCUCUGAGCCAGAGCGUCCCCGAGUCGGGGCCGUUAACCGGCCGGCCCGAAGCCGAGGUCAACAAGCGGAGAGGCCGCGGGAGACCGACGCUGUCCCCCGACACAAGGAAGAAGCGGCGGCUGGAGCACACCCGGCACACCAACAAAAUUAUGUCUGCACUUAUGAGUGCUUCAUCCAAACAUCAGACAACUGCCAAUGCCUCAUUAAUGCAGAAAACCGAAACGCACUUAUCUAAAACCAACGAAUCCUUAAAAGCAACAGAAGAUUGUGAAAGUGAAGCAUCUUCAUCCCAAGCAUCUUCUGUGGCUGAAGACGAUGAUGACUUUGAAGAUGAAACUUUGAGUAAUAUCACAGCAGAAGAUGACGUUUUCUGUGCAGAUCUCAGUGACACUGUGACAACAGAGAGCAUUGAAGAAGAAAGCAUCAGCUUUGAGGAUAACACAAUGCCAGGAAUGGAUAUACUUGAAAGGAAAAAAUGCAUUGCAGAUAUUGACAUUAUAAUGGAUCUUUUGAAAAUGAUCCACGGAAAUGACUGCAAGUCAAAAGGAUGCACCAAAAAACUUACCUACCAUUGUCGUAUGAUUGGAACUGCCCUUGUGGCUCACUGGACUUGUUCAAAUCGCCACAUAGGAGGCAAAUUUUGUACAGCACCAUGCUUCAAGGGUUGCAUUUCCAGCAAUCUGCAAUUGGCUGCUUCAGUUUUGAUAUCCGGUAACAACUAUCGUAAGACAGCUCUCCUAUUCAAGUUCAUGAGGCUGGGCUGCAUCUCAUCUAGUAAUUUUUAUAAGAUUCAGCGUCUCUACGGAGCUCCAGCAGUAGUUCAACACUGGAAAACCAUGCAGGAAAAACUAUUCAAAAAGUGUGAUGGAGAAAACGUUGUCCUAUGUGGUGAUGGCACGAAUGACACUGCAGGCCGUUCUGCUCAAUAUUGUACAUACACAUUUAGACAUCACACAAGAAAACACAUUCUAAAUGUGGAUGUUGUGGAUGUAAGUGAAGUUGGUGGCAAAAGUACCAACAUGGAGAAACUAGGAUUUCAACGUUCACUCGACUAUCUAAGAACAAAAUUGAAUGUAAUUGAAGUAACUACAGACAGCAAUCCACAAAUUGCCACAUUAAUGAAAAAGGAAAAAUAUUCAGGUAUCUUCCACUCACAUGACAUCUGGCUUGGUGGUAAGCACAUUCAGAAAAAGGUGAUAAAGGCAGCACAGAAGAAAGGCAAUGAUGUUCUAAUGAUGUGGGCUGAACCAAUGCGGAAUCAUUUCUGGUAUUGUGCAAAGAGUUGCAAUGGCAAUGAAGUCUUAUUAGCGGAGAGGUGGGCCAGUCUUUUGCAUCAUGUUGUAAACGAGCAUGAAUGGGUUGUCCCCAACAGUGCAGGAGAGACAACGUGUAACCAUGAACCAAUACAAGAGGAAGAGCACAACCAGGCCAAGUCAUGGAUACAACACAGUAGUCCUCCACUUAAGAUCCUACGUCAGAUUAUUUUGGACAGAAAUUUCCUUCGAAACAUUAGUCGAUUUAAAUAUUUUAGACAUAACAAUCAUAUGGAGUCCUUUCACAAUUACUUACAGAUGUAUGCUUCAGGAAGACAUAGCUAUGAUUACUUGAGUUACAAAUUAAGGAAUUAUAUAGCAGCUAUUGACUACAACCAUCAUUUGCACCGUCCACAAGCAAAGAACAUGGAUGGCACACCAAUGUUUCGUGCCAGGUACAGCAAGAGAACUAAGAGUUGGCAUACUGAAGCUGUCAAAGAAGACAAGAAAUAUGACUAUGUCCCAAAUCUCAUGGAAAACAUAUUAUUUAAUAAACUGCAAAGUGAAAGAUACAUGUCACAGAUCUGAAGUGCAGGGAACAGCAAUGUUCACGACAUGGGGGUUGAAUCUCAAUCAUGGGAGUGUAUAUAUAUAUAUUAUAUAUAAAUUAGUCAUUAGGUACUUAUUUCCCCAUCAACUGAAGAUGGUGCAAUACUACUUCAGUAAGGCAACCCAAAGGCUAUAUAUUUAAAUAUUUUUUAAAAAACAUUGCACAAUUAUGUACCUUUGAAUGGUUGGUCCUUGCAACACUAAAUUUAUCCUGAUUCAAAUACAGUGAUAGGCAUGGACCUGAGUCUUGGGGAUUACACAGCUGUUCAGCGCUGCUGCAUGUAUCGAAAAUGAGGAAGAAACAGGAGCGCUCAUUACUUUUGUGUGUUUUUCUUAACAAAUGUUGGCAGCGAAUUGCUGUAUUAGUCAUUGUGCGGCUAGCAACUAAAGUUUAGGAGGAAACCCAUAACCUGUAUUUAUAAGUGCCUUUCAAGUAAACCAAUGUCUCAAAAGCUUUUGACAAAUGUAGCAUUUGUUGCACACCUGGUAGGGGAAUGACAGAUUUAAGGAUCUUGGUCAAAGAGAUAUAUUAGGCCAUUUUUGAAGGCAAGGAGAGAGGUAAUUGGGCAGAAUAGUUUUGAAACAGAACUGCAAAUGAUAAGGUGGCCGAAGGCUGAGCCACUUAAGGAGCAUUGGGAGUGAAGAGCUGGAAUGCUGGGCUAGAGAUUGAGUAGAAUGAGGCAAGAACAUGGAGGAAUUUGAUGACUGACAAUGGUCUUGAACUUAAUCCUUUCAGAUAGUGGGAAUUAACUGAGCCUGGUAAGUAUGAGGCCUCCCAAUGUGAAAGUCGCUAUUCAAAUGUAAUUUUGUAUUUUUUUGUGUUUUGAAUGAGAGUAUUAGUUACGCAGAGCUUUCGGUAGGAGAGCAUUCAUCGCAAAAUAUUUGGUCAGAAUUUCUGGAUAGUGGAGGGCAGAGAAGCUAAUAAGGAAAGCUAAUGAGAACAUCUAGUCUUGCGGUGACAAUGUUGUGCAUGAAGAUUCUGGCAGCAGCGAGUGUGAGGUAAGGGCAUAAGGUGAGAUAAAGCCACACGACUGAUAAUAAUCCCUCAAGA